AUGUCAGUAAUAGAACAGUUCAAGGCCAUCACAGGCCUCGAGGGCGACGAGCAUGACGAGCUGGCGUCACGUCUUCUCUCCAUCCACAACAAUGACCUCAACAACGCCCUUUCUCAAUACUUCGAUUCUGGCUUCGACGCCAUAGACCUCCAGUCACCACCAGACAAUUCAGGCGUGAACGAGGCGCCUACGGCUUUCACGUCAGGAGUCGAAGCCCACGAGACUGAAGAUAUCCACCGUCGUCACUCCGAAGUGGUCAACCUCCAGAGCCAGAUGUUCAUGGAUGCAUUAAUGCCACGGUUGCCCAAGGCCCCCAGAAUAUCGUCCUCGUGGCACUUGGAGGUCGGCAUCCAUGCCUCGCUCAACGACAGGGAAAAGCUGGUGGAGCUGGCGCUGGUGGACGACGAUAAGGGUGCCCAAAGACCCGUAUGGAGACUCCUCUGGUUCCUCUUGAUCGUGCCCAAGGCGUUGUUGCAGAUCCUCUACUCGGCUGUCAAGCAGUUGUUGGGAUUCAACGGGUUGCCUCGCAUCACUGACCCCAAUAGGUUCCCCAGGACGUUCGACUACGCCAAGUACGACCCUGUCUCGCCUCCUCCUGUCGCUUUGGAUAGCUACAACGUGCUGUCCAACUUCAACGACAGCUACGACCAGGCACAGAAGACAUACGUUUGGCUCUUGGUGGUCCUUUGCAACGACUCAGACGAAAGCCAGCAGUUCGUGGCUAACCUCGUGGAAAACCCCCAAUUCCAUAGUCUUUUCAACAAGACAGACGGCACAUACAAGGAAACGCUCAUCCACGUUGCCAACGCCUCCUACUCACGGGAAGCCCACGAAAUUGGCCUCACAUACAAGGCCAAAAAGCUUCCAUACAUCAUGUUGGUUGGUAACGUGUCCAGCAACCCCCAGACCGUACUCAGUUCCAUGUCAAUUCUCUACAAGUCCAACUUGCCAGGCCACUUCAUCACCCCCGAAAACUCAACAAGCACUGGAAACAAAAUCUUGAGGAGUAUCUCAGGGUUGCUCGAGUCGUACAACCCUCAGUUGGUCAGCUCCAGGUUCGACCAGCAGGAGAUGGAAUUUGCCAGGUUGAUCAAGCAACAGCAGGAUGAUGCGUACGUGCAGUCACUCGAACGUGACAGGCUCAAGAAGAUCCAAAAGCAACAGGAAGCAGACCAAACGUUAGCAGCUGAGAAUGCCGUCAACAUUAGAAGAGCAUAUUUGGACAAGUUGCGGGGCCACAACUUAACCAAUCCAGAAAACGCUACGGUUACCUCUAGAAUAGCCAUCAAGCUUCCCAAUGGAAAGAGGCUCGUAGAGAUCGUGGACAAGUCUCUUACGGUGAACCAAUUAUACUUGCAUGUCGAGUUACAAUUGUUCUUGCUAGAUGAAGACCCCGUUGACGAUGUUUCGGAAGAAUUGGUGGUUAUUGCGGAGGAGCUCACAAGAGAGGAGUACUAUAAAGCGUACCCGUUCAAAUUUGAGCUAGUACAGCCUUUCCCAAAGAAAGUGAUACCUUCAGGAAACUCUACUGUGGGCGAGAGCAAGGAGUUAUCCUCAGGAGGAAACCUUCUUGUGGAGUUUUUGGACGAGGAUGACGAAGACGACGAAGAGUAG